UUAUAGGUUCUCUAUUCUAAUUGUUAUUACUUUUGGUUAUUAAUUAAGCUGUUAAAUUUUUCCUCACAAACAUGGAUGGACAAAUAACAAAUGAUUUCAGUUUUCUUUUCAGUGUUUUUUUUAUGCUUUUGGAUAAAUUUGUGGCAUAUUAUGUAAAUUUCAUUGUUGCAGGAUAAAUGGAAAACACACAGCCAACUCCUAUUCAUCAGUUAAAACCAUACACGAAAGCAAAAAAAAUCAAAAUCUAGAUAUGCAGGAUAUGGAAAUCGACAAUCCCAGGCACUGUUUAAAAAUAUACAGCUUUGAACUGUAUAUUAGUUGAUGAAAUGCAAGAUGCUGUUGAGGCGACCACAUUAAAUGUUGAGUAUGAUGUUAUGGUUGCGAAGAUUGAAGCUGGUGGAUGCUAUGAAAUCAUUGAUUUCCGUACCAGUAAAAUCAGGGGACAAUACAAAGUAAUCCCGCAUGAAACUCAAGUUUUGUUUAAUGCGGUAACAAAAUUUAAAAAAUUGGCCAGUGUGUUUCCACCCAUCCCCCGCCAUCGGUUCUUUCUACAAGAUUACAACACACUUUACCCUCGCUUGGACAGGGUUGACAUCCUUACAGAUGUUAUCGGUUGUAUAAGAGCCGUACAGUCCUUGGAAGAAAAACAGAUUAAUCAGAGGGUUGCAUACAAAUGUGAUGUGCACAUUCAGAAUAUAAGAAAAGAAGAACUCACGGUUACGUUAUGGGCAGACAUUGGUGAAGCUUUUUCUUCUUUGUCAACAGAGGCAUUUUCGCUGCCAGUCGUGGUUGUUUUCACAAGUUUAAAAGUCAGACACUACCUAGGCAAGAUUGUCUUAAACAGUACCGGUUCAUCACUUUUUUUCAUUGAUCCAGACAUCCCGGAAGUGGAUUCCUACAAGUCAGUGUUUUCCAACUGCAAAGAAUUUCCAAAAAUAUUGCCUCCGUCUUCAGACCGGCAAAUGAAGCUAAACUUCUACAGACUGUGA